AAAAGAUCAACAUGGCUGCUCCCACAUGAAAGUCAAAUUCGACAAUGCUUUGAUUUAUUAAUUGAUCAAUUCCUUCACUUUUGUAUUUCCAAUUAUCGUUAGAAAUAUUUAGAAUGUUGGCCAGCACGCUCGCCCGCUCUCUGCAGCGUCUGACGAUUCGGGUUGCCGCGGCGACGCAGCCGUCUCUGCGACCGUCGCUAACAACAACCGCCGCCUCCAGUCGUCUGCUACCGGCAGCGAGCCUGCAGCAGACGCCGUCCUUCGUCGCUCAGAGCUCUGCGCCGCUAGCGAGAGGUUUCCACACGACGACACCGCUGUGUAAAAAGCUGAGAGGACGCAAGCACAAGGUUCACCUGCGGUUUCAACGGAGGGUCAUCGUUACGAAGAUGCCGGCGUCGGGGUACACGACAAAGGCACUGCCAUGCACGAAGACGGGAGGGCGAGAUCUAGUGACAGGUCGGGUCGUUAACCACAGAAGAGCCGGGGGAAACAAGGUUAAAUUUCGAAUGGUUGACAUGCAUCGCAUAGGACCAACGGAAGGCGAACCGCUCCAAGAAAAGGUGAUGUCCAUACACUACGACCCGCUGCGGAGCGCGAAGAUAGCGCUGGUUGCCGGGGGCGACAAGAAACGCUUCAUCCUGGCGACGUGUAACAUGAAGGCCGGCGACAUCAUCAACACGUCCGGUCACAUUCCGCGGAUACCAGUGAAGGCAUACGAAGGAGAUGCCUACCCGCUAGGGGCGCUACCGGUCGGUACGGUCGUCUGCUGCGUUGAGCGUUACCCCGGCGACGGCGGAAAGGUGGUGCGCGCCGCGGGAACGUCGACGACGAUCCUCCGGCGCGUUGCCGGCGGCGACGUGAUCGUUCAGCUUCCGUCGCGGCGCGAGAUGCGCGUGAGCGAGCGAUGCGUCGCGGUCGUCGGCCGCGUCUCCAACCCGGACCACGACAAGCUGACGCGCGGCUCGCCGCAGGCAAGCAGGUGGCUCGGCUACCGUCCGAAGAGUGGCUGGAGGCAGAAGAAGACUGGUUACCACGGACGCAAGCUGCGGCGGCCGAAGCCGGCGAGGGUGUACGACGCGCCGCCCGUGCGAGCGUACAGCGUACACCAGCUCAACCUGUGAUCAUCACCACCAGGCGGCAGCAGCGGGCGGUCGAGGAGCGGGGAUGGAUGCGGCGGGUUAACGUGGAGACGGACGUGGAGUGGAGGUAGGGAGAUGUGGCGGUGGCAGCAGUAGGCAGCAGUAGCAACAGAGGUAGGGGUUAACACUGUAGCAGGGUCGAGGAAAAGACGGAAAUAUCGUAAAGUUACUCGUGAGUUUCACGAGCCAUCUCAGAGUGUCUCGUACGCAGUGUAUAGAGAGAGGUCCGGUCUACGCGAAAAAGUUCGUGUUAACACUAACACUAAGACCGAUUUUGUUUUUGAUUUCGGGCCCCCGGACGAGAUCAUUGUUCAGUGUGGUCAGAUCUGUGUACAUAGGAGCUGCGUUCUGCUCUGUUCUACUGCCCACAUGUAGUACAGGAAGAUUCCUGUUUACUACUCCCCUUUUUAUGCCCAGUUGUAACGCCACUAGUCAGUCUAGUGAAAGGUUGAAUUGUUACAUAAACAAAUUACAGUGAAAUUCGUUAAUAGCAUAUUAGUAGUAGCCUUAUGUAGCGACUAGCAAGAUAGUUGCAGCAAUUUGCUGCUGUGCAAAGACAUACUAGGAAAAUAAAAACAGGUAAUGAAAA